CUGGGAAAAACAGAAAACCUUUCGUCCUCUGUUUGCUCUUUCCGGUCACCACUCACCCACCGCACCACCUGCACCUGCACGCCCACUCAACUACGGAGUCGCAGCUCUCCCGCCGGCCAUGGCGGCGGCGGCGGCGGCGCAGAGGCUCCUCGCUGCUAGCACGAAGAUCGUCGGAGCUGGGCGCAACUACGUAGCCCACGCCAAGGAUCUCGCCAACCCUGUCCUCAAGGAACCGGUGCUGUUCCUGAAGCCGACGUCGUCAUUCCUCCACGCGGGCCCGAACGCCGGCGCCAUUGAGGUGCCCGAGCCGCUCGAGUCGCUGCACCACGAGGUCGAGCUCGCCGUCGUCAUCUCCCGGCGCGCGCGCGACGUCCCCGAGGCCUCCGCCAUGGAUUUCGUCGGAGGUUAUGCGCUUGCUUUGGACAUGUCAUCAGAUGAUCUCCAAUCCACUGCUAAGCGUGCAGGUCUUCCUUGGACUUUGGGUAAAGUACAGGACACCUUUACUCCAAUUAGUGCAGUGGUUCCGAAAUCAGCUGUCCCUGAUCCCUAUGAUCUAGAACUCUGGCUGAAGGUAGAUGAUGAACUUAGGCAGAAGGGACUCACAAGUGAUAUGAUAUUCAAGAUUCCUUCCCUAAUCAGUUAUAUCAGUUCCUUCAUGACAUUAAUGGAGGGCGAUGUGAUAUUAACCGGUACUCCUCCUGAUGGUGUAGGUCCCGUCCGAGUGGGACAGAAGAUCAAAGCUGGUAUAACUGACCUCAUUGAUGUAGAGUUUGAUGUUCAGAGGCGCAAAAGACCAUUUUCUAACUGAUGCAGUAAGCAAGAAGCUAUGGCCACGACAUUGUCUUUGUUCUGUAUCAGUCAUGUUGUGCUGCCUGAUUUGAUCUUUAUGCAAGAAAAUAAGCUGUUAAGGUUGGAUGCCAAUUAGUUUGAUGCAGUUAGAAGAAUGGUCUCAUAUUACUGUCUUCAUGAAAUCGUACUAUAUUUUGGCAUACUAAUUGUUGUCGCACCCUAGUAAGGAAAAUGGGUUCCAUAAUAGGAUUGAUAGGUUAUGUAGACAUAGUCUUCCGGUGUGACAAAGGCCUUGAAAGCAUAAAAAGUACUGUUGCGUCUGUUCUUGUUAACCGGUAUUGUUUUUAUUUUCUGUUGUUGCCACU